AUGACCAAGCGCGAACGGCCACGCAGCACGACGCCCGAGGUGCCAACUCGCUUGACGGCCGUCGAUACGCAGCUACAGCUCAUGGACUUUGAGCUCGCGUCCAAGCACGCGCUCUUAGACCGCCUUGAGACCGCGAGCAGCCGCGACUGA